UCUGCCUCCUCCUCCUCCUGGCAUUUCUGCCUGGAGGCUGCACAGUGUCUGUACAUAUGUUAUUAGGCUUCUUUGAAAACUGCUGCUGUUUAAAAAGUUGUGAUAACAAUGCUUCGGGUAAUUGUGGAAUCGGCUGCAAAUAUCCCUAAAAACAAGUUUGGCAAACCAGACCCUAUUGUGUCGAUUAUUUUUAAAGAUGAAAAAAAGAAAACUAAGAAAAUUGACAGUGAACUCAACCCUGUCUGGAAUGAGAUUCUUGAGUUUGAUUUGAAAGGAAUACCACUGGAUAUUUCAUCAUCCCUGCAGAUUAUUGUGAAAGAUUUUGAAACAAUUGGACAAAACAAGUUAAUUGGCACAGCAUCAGUAGCACUCAAAGAACUGGUAGGCACACAGAGUAGAUCACUUCCAUACAAGCUGGUUCCCCUGCUAAAUGAAAGAGGACUGGAAACUGGAGCAACAAUUGAUUUGGUGGUAGGAUAUGAACCUCCUGCUGGGCCUCCAAAUCCAAAUGACCCAGGGGGUACAAACCUACAAGGCACUGAAGAUGGAGAAGAUGAUGAAGGUGAUGAGAAUAUGCCUGAUGGUGGAUCCGGCAGUCUCCCCACAGACGGUCCAAGUGGCACACGUGAAACUCAGCUUACCCGGCGUAUUUCCAAAGGAAAGAAAAACCGGAGGGUGCUUUCUAAUAAACCUCAAGACUUUCAGAUUCGUGUUAGGGUCAUUGAAGGCCGUCAGUUGAGUGGGAAUAAUAUAAAGCCUGUUGUGAAAGUACAUGUUUGUGGCCAGACACACAGAACAAGAAUCAAAAGAGGGAACAAUCCCUUUUUUGAUGAGAUAUUUUUCUACAAUGUCCACAUGACCCCUUCAGAUCUCUUUGAUGAAACAAUAAGCAUUCGGGUGUAUGACUCUUAUUCUUUACGGGCUGACAGUCUAAUGGGGGAAUUUAAAAUCGACAUAGGCUAUGUCUAUGAUGAACCUGGCCACUCAGUAAUGAGAAAAUGGCUACUUCUAAAUGACCCUGAAGAUACAAAUUCAAGUCCUAAAGGGUACUUGAAAGUCAGCAUGUUUGUUCUUGGAACAGGAGAUGAACCACCAGUGGAAAACAGAGAACGAGAUAAUGAAAAUGAUGAUGUAGAAACUAACCUUUUGCUGCCAGCUGGGAUAGUACUCCGAUGGGUCACUUUCGUUCUUAAGAUCUACAGAGCAGAAGAUAUUCCCCAGAUGGAUGAUGCUUUUGCCCAGACAGUCAAGGAAAUAUUUGGAGCAGAAGCAGACAAGAAAAACCUUGUGGACCCGUUUGUAGAAGUUUGUUUUGCUGGGAGAAAGGUUUGCACAAAUAUAAUUGAAAAAAAUGCUAAUCCAGAGUGGAAUCAACUUGUUAAUCUUCAGAUCAAGUUCCCUUCAAUGUGUGAAAAAAUAAGGCUGACGGUGUAUGACUGGGAUCGUCUUACAAGAAACGAUGUUGUGGGUACCACAUAUUUAAGCCUUUUGAAAAUUGCUGCUUCUGGUGGAGAAGUUGAAGAGCUUUCAUCUUCGGGCACUGGGGCUUCACCAUAUGAAGUAAAUACUGGAGAGACAGAAGUGGGCUUCUUACCAACAUUUGGGCCCUGUUACCUAAACCUUUAUGGAAGUCCAAGAGAAUACACUGGAUUCCCAGAUCCUUAUGAUGAGCUGAAUUCUGGAAAGGGAGAAGGAGUAGCUUACAGAGGCAGAAUUCUAGUUGAACUAGCUACACUACUUGACAGCAAGCCCCUAACUAAGAAAAUAGAAAUGAUACCCAGUGAUGACAUUCUAGUUGUUGAGAAAUAUCAGCGCAGAAGGCAAUACAGUCUCUGUGCUGUGUUUCAUUCUGCCACCAUGUUGCAAGAUAUUGGAGAGGCUAUCCAGUUUGAAGUUAGCAUUGGAAAUUAUGGCAACAAAUUUGAUACCACCUGUAAACCACUGGCAUCAACAACUCAGUACAGUCGUGCUGUCUUUGAUGGAAAUUACUAUUACUACCUGCCUUGGGCAAACACAAAGCCAGUGGUGACACUGACUUCAUAUUGGGAGGAUAUAAGUCAUAGACUGGAUCCUUUAAACCUUAUUCUUGCCAUGGUAGAAAAAUUGCAAACAAACAUAGCCACUUUAAAAUCAGGAAUACAGGAAAAGAUGGCAGAAAACCAGUUGAUUGAGAUAUGGCUGAAGCUAAUUGAUGAACUCAUGGAGGACCUGAGUAAGGAAUUGCCUCACCUGGAAGGCAAGCACAAUGUCACAGUCCUUGACACACAGAUCCGCAAAUUGCGGCUCAAAUCGCUCAGCCAGAUUCAAGAGGCAGCAGCAAAGAUGAGGAAUGAAGCCACAGAUGUGAAGGCCACCCUGACAGAAAUUGAAGAUUGGUUGGAAAAAAUAAUACAACUAUCUGAAGAGCCACAAAAUAGCAUGCCUGAUGUGAUCAUCUGGAUGAUCCGGGGAGAGAAGAGGCUUGCCUAUGCACGUGUUCCUGCACAUGAAGUUUUCUAUUCCACCACCUGUCCUGGAGGCUCUGGAAAAUAUUGUGGAAAAACACAAACCAUCUUUUUAAAGUACCCACAGGACAAAAACAAUGGGACCAAAAUACCUGUACAGUUGCGAAUUAACUUUUGGCUCGGCUUAAGCGCAGUAGAAAAAAAGUUUAACAGCUUUGCAGAAGGGACUUUCAGUGUUUUUGCUGAAAUGUAUGAAAAUCAGGCACUGAUGUUUGGGAAAUGGGGGACUUCAGGACUCGUUGGCCGUCAUAAGUUUUCUGAUGUCACAGGAAAAAUUAAAUUGAAAAGAGAGUAUUUUUUGCCCCCCAAAGGCUGGGAAUGGGAAGGCGAGUGGUUUGUUGAUCCUGAAAGAAGUUUGUUGACGGAAGCAGAUGCUGGACAUACUGAGUUUACUGAUGAAGUGUAUCAAAAUGAGAGCCGCUAUCCUGGAGGAGAAUGGAAAGCAGCUGAAGAGAGUUAUACAGAUGUGAAUGGAGAAAAAGCAGCACCACCAAGUGAAAUAACCUGCCCCCCUGGCUGGAUGUGGGAUGAUGAUGCUUGGGUGUAUGACAUCAAUCGAGCAGUGGAUGAAAAGGGCUGGGAAUAUGGAAUUACCAUUCCUCCAGACAAUAAGCCAAAGUCAUGGGGUGCAGCAGAGAAAAUGUAUCAUACACAUAGAAGAAGGAGACUUGUUCGAAAACGGAGAAAAGAUCCAAACCAAACAACUUCAUCAAGGGGAGCCACAUCCUAUGAAGAUCAAGAAGGAUGGGAAUUUGCAUCUUUAAUUGGGUGGAAGUUUCACUGGAAGCAACGCAGUUCUGAUACUUUCCGCCGUAGGCGCUGGAGGAGAAAAAUGGCUCCUGCUGACACACAUGGUGCAGCAGCCAUCUUUAAGCUUGAAGGGGCUCUUGGAGCAGAUACAAGCAUCGAUGAUGGAGACAAGGCUUCUGAGAAGGGCAAAGAUUCAGCAACACAUGUAUUUGGUGCAAACACUCCAAUAGUUUCUUGCUACUUUGACAGAGUCUACACUUACCACCUUCGAUGUUACGUCUAUCAAGCAAGAAAUCUUUUAGCUUUGGACAAAGACAGCUUUUCAGAUCCAUAUGCUCAUGUUUCAUUCCUCCAUCGAAGCAAAACAACUGAGAUCAUUCACUCAACACUGAACCCAACAUGGGAUCAAACUGUAAUAUUUGAUGAGAUUGAAAUCUAUGGAGAUCCCCAAACAGUAUAUAUGAACCCUCCUCAUGUGGUUAUUGAACUCUUUGACAGUGAUCAAGUGGGCAAAGAUGAAUUCCUUGGAAGAACUUCUUGCUCUCCUAAGGUGAAACUCAACCCAGAUGAUGACACCAGUCCCAAGCUUCUCUGGUAUCCAGUUAUAAAUGGGGGCAAGACUUGUGGAGAUGUCCUUUUAGCAGCUGAACUGAUACUGACUGAAAAGGGCAGCACCAACCUUCCAAUUCUUCCCUCACAAAGAGCACCAAAUCUUUAUAUGGUGCCACAAGGAAUCAGACCUGUGGUUCAGCUGACUGCUAUUGAGAUCCUUGCCUGGGGCUUGCGCAACAUGAAAAAUUAUCAAAUGGCUUCUGUUACAUCCCCAAGUCUCAUUGUGGAGUGUGGAGGUGAAAUGGUGGAAUCUGUAGUGAUCAAAAACCUGAAAAAGACACCAAAUUUUCCUGGAUCUGUUCUUUUCAUGAAAGUGCUAUUGCCCAAAGAGGAAUUGUACACUCCAUCACUAGUUCUUAAAGUGAUAGACCAUAGGCAAUUUGGCCGUAAACCUGUCGUGGGGCAAUGCACCAUUGAUGUACUGGAACGUUUCCGCUGUGAUCCAUACACUGCCAAAGAAGAUGUUGCCCCACAGAUGAAAGUUAGUCUUCUGUCAGCUGCACCACGGCGGGAUGUGAUAAUUGAAGUGGAAGACACACAGCCCUUACUAACAGCACAGCUCACGGAAAAGGAAGAAGAAAUUGUGGAUUGGUGGAGCAAGUUUUAUGCUUCAAUAGGGGAUACUGAAAAAUGUGGUCAGUACCUACAGAAGGGAUAUGAUACAAUAAAGGUAUACAACUGUGAACUGGAGAAUGUACCCGACUUUAAGGGUUUAACAGAUUUUUGUGAUACAUUCAAGCUUUAUCGGGGCAAAUCUGAAGAAAAUGAUGACCCUACAGUUGCAGGAGAACUUAAGUGCUCCUUCAGAAUCUAUGCACUGCCAGAUGAUCCUACUGUACCAGUUCCUCCUCGGCAGUUCCGUGAGCUGCCAGACAGUGGACCUCAGGAGUGUCUUAUACGGAUUUAUAUUGCUCGAGCCUUAGACCUCCAGCCUCAGGACAACAAUGGUUUGUGUGACCCUUACAUUAAAAUCACCUUGGGCAAAAAGGUUGUUGAAGACAGAGAUAAUUAUAUUCCCAACACAGUGAAUCCAAUUUUUGGCAGAAUGUAUGAACUGAGUUGCUUCUUGCCUCAAGAGAAAGAUUUGAAAAUUUCUGUGUAUGAUUAUGACUUGCUGACUCGAGAUGAAAAAGUUGGGGAAACCAUCAUAGAUCUGGAAAACAGAUUCCUCUCCCGCUUUGGAUCUCACUGUGGAAUACCUCAGCAGUACUGUGUUUCAGGCAUCAAUACCUGGAGAGACCAACUGAAGCCAACACAACUGCUGCAAAAUUUAGCCAGGAUAAAAGGUAGUCGUCCUCCAGUUCUCUCUGACAAUGGAAAGAGGAUUAGUUAUGGAGGAAGAGACUACACUUUGGAAGAAUUUGAGGCAAACAAAAAAUUGCAUGAACACCUUGGGCCUACUGAAGAAAGACUUGCCCUUUACAUACUGAGAACCCAGGGCUUGGUGCCUGAGCAUGUGGAGACAAGAACACUGUACAGUACCUUCCAGCCAAACAUUUCACAAGGAAAGCUGCAAAUGUGGGUGGAUGUUUUCCCCAAAAGCAUGGGCCCACCUGGUCCCCCUUUCAACGUCACUCCUCGUAAGGCUAAGAAGUAUGAAUUGCGAGUGGUUGUUUGGAACACCAAGGAUGUUAUCCUGGAUGAGAAAAGCAUCACAGGGGAAGAAAUGAGUGAUAUCUAUGUUAAAGGGUGGAUGCCUGGUUAUGAAGAAAAUAAGCAGAAAACAGAUGUGCAUUACAGGUCCCUAGAUGGGGAUGGGAACUUCAACUGGAGAUUUAUUUUUCCUUUUGAGUAUUUUCCAGCUGAACAGCUCUGUACAGUUUCAAAAAAGGAACACUUCUGGAGUCUUGACAGUACUGAAUUCAGAAUUCCACCCAAGUUGAUUAUUCAGAUAUGGGACAAUGAUAAGUUUUCCUUGGAUGACUAUCUGGGUUUUGUCGAACUUGAUUUACACAAUACAGUUGUGCCAGCAAAGGUUCCAGAAAAAUGCACUUUAGACAUGAUUCCAGAAUACAAGCCAACCAACUCCCUGAAGGCCCCCAAGAUCGCUUCACUCUUCGAACAGAAAUCCAUGAAGGGAUGGUGGCCAUGCUACGUGGAAAAGGAUGGCUCCCGUGUUUUGGCUGGUAAAGUUGAGAUGACUCUGGAAGUCCUUGGUGAAAAAGACAUUGAAGAACGACCAGCUGGCAAAGGAAGAGAUGAACCAAAUAUGAAUCCCAAGUUAGACAUGCCAAACCGGCCAGAAACAUCUUUCCUUUGGUUUACAAAUCCAUGCAAGACAAUGAAAUUCAUUGUGUGGCGCAGAUUUAAGUGGGUCUUCAUUGGAAUCCUCAUUCUCCUCAUUGUGCUUUUAUUUGUAGCAAUUCUUCUAUAUUCAUUGCCGAACUACCUGUCAAUGAAGAUUGUGAAUCCAUUUUCAGCUCAUUAAGGGCAACAAACUUCCUUUGUAUUGCAAUGAGGAUGUGAAACCUUCACCUCUGGACCAAAUAAAUCUAAUGACCAAAACAAGCAACUCACUUAUGCCUGUCUUCCUGUUCAUGGCUUGGGAAGGAUCAAGUGACUUCUUCUCUCACCCCUGUAUCCUCUAAAUUGCAUUGAGAUGUGCUCCAGAAGACCAAGAAACCUUCCAGAGCAGAUUUUUGGGUGGAACAGAGUGCUGGAAGGGGAGCAGGAACUGCCCCUUCUUGGCUCUGCUGAGAAAACUGCUUUCGUCAGCAGAAUGGCAUUGUUGGACCCUGGCCCUUGUGUUUCAAACCCACUAUUAAGAUUGUAACUGUUAUCUAAAAUAUAUUAGAUAAUGACAGCUGUAAGAUUCUAUGUUCUUUUUCUGUAUUUUGACUUUGAUAGCUUUAAUAGCAUGAGAAAACUGGCUGUCACCUUUGAUUAGGAAAGACAUUUUUCUCAAAAUAUUAUUUCAGAAAGUGUUUUUCCCUUUCCCUUUACUAUUUAGAUGCCACUCUGUUUUUCCAGAAAUCCUAUGCAUGUCUACUCAGAAAUAAGUCUCAUUAAAUUCACUAGGAUUUAUUCUCAGAUAAGAGUGUAUAGGAUUGCAGCCUUAAAGUAUUCUUGUUGGAGCACUUUGAAACUCUGCCUCUUCAACUCAAACUGCUUCUUAUACUGUAUUUUUACAAAAGACGACAUAGUGCAAUAAAAAAAAAACUGUUCCCUAGUGUGAACAUUGUGUUUUAAAAGGUUACAGUGAUAGUGCUAAGCUUUACAUCAUUAUGGCUCAACUUGAUGAGCAAAGCAAUUAAAUAAAGCAAAGCAAACUUUUAUUAUAA